AGCCAGCAGGUAGAGGGAGAGGAGGCGAGCGGCGCCUUCCGCACUUGGCCCGGGAAGGCGGAGAGAGCAGCGCCGUGUAAAAGCGCCGCGUAAAAGCGCACCAGCCGGCCCGCGCGUCCCGAUCGGCGCCUCCUCCGCCACAGGCCUCCCUCCUUCCCUCCCUCCCUCCCUCCCGGUCGCCGCAGCCCGGCCUGGGGAGGCGAUGGGGAAGGUGCAGCUCUUCGAGAUCCGCUUGGGCGACAGCCGCGUCGUCUACAGCCCCGGCGAGCCCCUGACCGGCACCGUCACCGUCCGCUUGGCCGGAUCGCUCCAGUACCGCGCCAUCAAGGUGAUCUGCGUGGGCUCCUGUGGGGUGUCGAGCAAAAUCAAUGACACGGCGUGGACAGUGGAAGAGCAGUACUUCAACAGCACCCUGUCCCUGGCAGAUAAAGGGUUCCUGACAGCCGGCGAGCAUACCUUUCCCUUCCAGUUCCUGCUGCCAGCUUCAGCCCCGACGUCCUUCGAAGGGCCCUUUGGGAAAGUCACGCACCAGAUCAAAGCUGUGAUAGAAACCCCGAGAUUCUCCAAAAGUCACAAGUGCAGCAAGGUUUUCUAUGUCCUUUGCCCGCUGAACCUGAAUGAGAUCCCUGAAAUUGAGCAACUGAACACGGCGUCAGUCACAAAGAAGUUCAACUACAAGCUCGUGAAAAGUGGCAACGUGAUUGUGACGGCAACUACGGACCUCAAGGGCUACGUGGUGGGGCAGGUCAUCCAUCUGCGAACAGACAUUGAGAAUAAAUCUGGCCGUGACACAGGUACCAUUGUGGCCAGUCUCAUCCAGAAAGUUGCUUAUAAAUCCAAGCGGUGGAUUUAUGACCUAAGGACCAUCGCAGAGGUGGAAGGCUCAGCUGUGAAGGCAUGGAAACACGCCGAGUGGAAGGAGCAGAUCCUUGUGCCAGCUCUACCACAGUCCAUUCUGCAGGGCUGCAGUCUUAUCCACAUUGAUUACUACAUCCAGGUUUCCCUGAAGUCCCCAGACGUUUCUGUCACUCUCCCCAUUUAUAUCGGCAACAUUGCUGUGAACAGAAUUCCUCUAAGCCCAUCCCGGUCGGCUCCCCACAUUGUCUCGUCGGUGGUUCCCACUGCCCCCCCGGAAGACGAAGAGGCUGCCAGCGGCUGCCACCGAAUGGACAACGUCUCAAUUCCCACCAAAAGCCACUCUCAGCAGCAGCCCUUCAGUUACGCGCCAGGCUUGAACUUCCAAGAGGCCAGGCUGGACUCUGAGCAGACGGGCUCCCCCAACCAUCCCACGCUUUGCCUGUCGACAGGAGCGACUGUCCCUUAUUACUCUGAGGGCACAGUUGUCCCGGUCCCCACGGCCAAUUCCCUCAUCUUGCCUCCGGAGUACAGCACUUGGGGAUAUCCGUACGGUAAGUGCCCCCCCUUCCCCCCGCCCAGUCUCAGUGGGAAACUGUCCAGGGCUUGUAACUUGGCGAUGGAGCUCACCCCCUCCGUUUCUUUAGGUUGCUCUGAAGGCUCCCGAAACGUGUGUUGCUGUCCCCAUACAUGUCGGCAACAUUGCUGUCACCAGAAUACCUGUAAUUCCACCCCCACCGGUUCCCCUCAAUCCCUUGCCAGUGUUUGUGAGUGUGCUAUCAGAAGACAAGGAUGCAGGAUUUCUCCUUUGUAUGAAGAAGGCCCCAGAUCUAACCUUUGGCAUCUCCACAUAAAGGCUUAGCAGGUUUGGGCCCAACUCAAGACCCCCGGAGAGCCCCCGCUAGUGAGAAUGGUGAGAUGGCUGCGCUAGUGGUCUCAGUGUUUUAAGACAACUUUGGUCCCCUGGUGUCAGGUGAAAAAAUGGUUGCAGGCUGCUGUAAGACAGCUGGUUCAAAGCAGAAGUUUCUUAGAACAUAGUGAGUAAAACUUCUGUUCCCUGGGUUAGCGGGAAAGGAGGGAGAAACUAGCUUGCUCUGCGCUCCUUUUCUCUCCCUAAUUUCUCUUUUUUUGCUCUCUUUUUCAGAAGCGCCACCUUCCUACGAACAAAGUUGCAGUAGUGCUAACUCUAGCCAGAGCAAUGGCAAUUAGGCUCUGGAUUCGAAUCCCUCUGGCUUAACGCUGGUUGGAGAACAGCAUACAAGCAUUGCCCAGGCAGAGUAGUUUCCACCAAGGCUCUGGUCUGCCACUCGCCUGCUCCAUGGAGAAUGCUUUGCACAGCCAUCUCGGUCCUCACACUGUACAGUUCACCAUUUUACCUGCUGCUUUACUUUCAGAGCACCUGUGAUGCCUUACCUGACGUGUUACUAAGUCAUCUUGUAUGAAUGGAGUGUGGAUCAUGUGUGUAUAUGUUGUGUGUGUAUAUAUGUGUGUGUGUGUGUGUGUGUGUGCGCGCACGCGCGCGCAUAUGUAUAUUUUUGAGGGCCGCUCUUUAUCUGCUGUGUGCAAGUUGGAAGGCAUUUAGUGAGUUCUGAUUUUUUUAAAAAAUCUUUUAAGGGACUAAUCCAUUUUUGUUCAUCUCUGUUUCCUCUGCAUGCCCAUUGAAACAGCCAAGUUGGCUCUAAAAUGGUAGGUCAUUUUAUAGAGAGCAGCAGCAAUGGAGAGCGGCAGGGUACCAGUAGCUGACAUUCCCAUAGCGAGGAGCAACGGUGGGAUUUCUCCUGCAGGGAGGUGAAAAAUGAAAAAUAUUGACUUGACAGGAGCGUUGCCUGAAUAUUGUUAAAGUUGCACAGCAAUCUGCCACAGAGCUUGCAAAACAGCAAGAAGUCUCUGAAAGAUCUAAGAUAGGGAAUAUGUAUUUUUUCCUCCAGGGGCAGGUAGAUGGUUCAGCAAUUUAGGAAGAUGGAUGUUAACUUUUUUUAUAGUGUUGAGACAGCGUGGCCUCUCUCCCUGCCCACGGCUGCUUGUGGUGGGCGGCCCUGGUCAGAUUCAAAAUGCCUCUCUGGGCUUCCUCUCUAAGUGCCUGGAGAAAUUGCUGUUUACUGCUUCUCCCACAAAAAUCACCACGGCUUCAAGCAGGCUGGAAAUUGCCGACAAUCAAGGUUCUGUGCUAAUUCUACCUCUGACUUCUCUCCCAAGGAGUAAACCUGGACACGGAGCGGAAGGGGACUUUAUUUAGAAUAACGAGAAAAAAGCCUCCUUUUGUAAAAUGGAGAUCUGAUAAUUCUUUCCUCUUACUCCAGGAAGACCCCCCCAAAUGCACUCUGUCUUGCGCGUAAUGCCCUCUCUGUGCCAAACACGCCUGCUGUUUACGUCCCUGGUGAUUCCUGGUUGAACGUGAAUGGCUGGCCACUUCUCUGGCUGCUUCCUGGAACAGCACCUUCCAAAUUGAGCUGGUGUGUUCCAGAGGCACCAGUGCCCCAAAGCUGAUUUCAAGACUCUGAUCUUAGCUGGCUGGCUUAAGCACGGCCUGCUCCCAUUCAGAGCUUGUUCCGGUGACGCUGUUGACCUAAUUUUGACAUUGGAACUCCAGGCCUGGCAUUCGGCCUUCAGUGAACUGCUUGUGUGCAUAUAUGUGGGGUAAAACUGGAUUGGUGCCACACUGCUAUGCAAUUGGAUUAUCUGUUCUCUCCCCUCCACACACGCACACACACACACAUACACAUUCAGUUUUCCUGAUGUCCUGAUAAGUGGACAGGUACCUACAACAGCUUUUUCGGGGCAAAUGUGACAUCAGGAUUCUGAUCACGGGGCUCCAGCACGGUGUGAUUUGGCCCAGAGAAUCAGCGCCUUGUUUGACUGGCUGACCUCUUGCGGUCAGCUUCUCCUCUUCGUCCUUGUGAACAGAGACCCACAUUUUGACACUUUUCUGCACCAACUGUUUAUAAAGAUGACCGAUUCGCUCUCUUAUCUUUUUUUUUUUGGUCUGUGUGUCUUUUUUGAUCAACUUGUUUUAAUGUUGAAAUUUCAAACACGAAUUUUAAUGUAUUUAAUAAAUUAUUCUGACAAAAUUAGAA